AUGUACAGGCACGCUUACUCCGGGGCCAUCGUCGCCUUGGCCACAGUAUUUUUGGGCUUUGCCUCUGCAGAUCCAUCCCUACCAGUUGCAUAUUGUGCUAGCUCCAACACAGCAGAAGGAUCAGCGAAUUCAUCGAUAUACCAGUCACAAGGCCUGUGCUACGGCAUUUGCAACGACCAAGGCUACGCUUUUGCUGUGGUGCAGAGCAGCGACUGUUGGUGCUCGAAUUUGGUCCCCAGUUCCGAUGACCAGACCUCGACAAGCAACUGUGAAUCGUCCUGCCCCGGCUACCCGACUGACUACUGUGGUGGCGAUGGCACGUACGGCUACAUUGCCCUGAGUGCCUCGCCUUCCGGCACUGCUGGAGGGAGCUCGAAGACCACAUCGUCCACAUCGAAAACCACAUCUACGGUAACGAGCGAGGGCAGCAUCAUUAUUCAAACAGUCACAACUGUAUCCACGCCUUCGGCUAAGUCGGGCGGCUCGGGCCUAGGUAAAGGGGCGGUUGCCGGCCUAACAGUCGGAAUCCUCGCCGCGGUAGCAGCCUUCAUAUUCGGGGCCUUUAUGUUCCGCCGACACAAGAAGAAGAUGCAAGAGGAGGAGGAGCCGAUGAACGCCGCUUCUAUGGCCCACCGCCGGGGCAGUUCUGCCGGAAUUAUGUCAAAAACGGGCACCAUGUCGAGUGUGGGAUACGGGAUGCCGAUGGACGAGGAAAGCAGCUACAUGUCUCAGAGCAGGAGAAUGAGCAUGAAACCCCUGGAUCCCCGGCUCGACCCCAAGGUUGGGCUGUACCGCACCGCAAGUCACGACAGCUUCAAUACGAUCCGAGACGACCAGGACUACUCGCGAAGGGUACAUCAGCCCCCAAGGGCAUUCCGCGUCACAAAUCCCGAUCCCGACGACGACUAA